AUGCGCACGUCUGCGAUGUCGAUGCUGGGCGACUCCACCAUAAUUCAACCACCAUGUCAGAAGUCGGACUCCGAUAGCGUGAUUUCGUUCGCCUCACCGCCGAGCCGGUCUUUGACAAAGUCGAUAUCGAUUCCGAGCAUCUCGUCUGUGGUGAAAGGGUCCUUAAAUUGGGCCGGGCAAACCCUUCAUUCGUUUCGCGAUGGACUGUCGGCCGAAGAACGAAGACGAAAAGCAGACAUCGAGAAUCGCAAGGAAGUACUGUACUUGCAAAUAAAACACGCUGUGUCGUACGAGGAAUGGUCUGCCACCGCAAGCGAACUCGAUCGGUUAGAAGACAACAUCGCAUGGAAGCGUACAACGGAAUGUACGGAAUAUAACGCUGAGUUGGUCCAAGGACGCUUACGCCAGUUGGACGAGGCACGGAUCAGCUGUGAUGUGAGCCGUAUGUUGUUUCUCGUCCGAACCGCGCUGAGUCGUGAUUUGGGAAACAUGAACAACGCGUCUUUAUACCGCCAUUCGCAUACCGGAACAAAAGACCUCAUAGACCAAUAUAUAACAGCGGCACUUGACACUAUCGACACAUUGGUGGAUCUGUCCGCCCAUGGCCGUUGCGACGGACUGGAGCUAAAGUACAUUCUGGACCAACUCCUCGCUGCACGCCAGGCCUUCGGUCGAAGUGCGCUCCUGUUCUCUGGUGGUGCGACCUUUGGCAUGACCCAUAUAGGUGUGCUCAAGGCUCUAUACGAGUCGAAACUCAUUCCGCGCAUCAUCUCAGGCGCGUCAGCCGGCAGCAUUGUGUGCGCGGUGUUUUGCACUCGGACCGAUGAUGAGCUGCCAGCUUUGCUAGAGACGUAUGCGCACGGAAACUUUGCAGUUUUCAACGAGCAGGGCCAGGAGGAAAAUAUUUUCCAAAAGACAGCUCGAUUCUUCAAGUACGGUUCUUUCCUUGAGAUCGACCAUCUGGCCAACACGAUGCGUGCUUGGCUGGGGGAUAUUACAUUUCAAGAAGCAUACAACCGAACCCGACGGAUUCUCAACAUAUGUGUUUCAAGCGCGGGUACAUAUGAACUACCGCGGCUCCUCAAUUACAUCUCGGCACCUAAUGUUCUGAUCUGGUCGGCAGUCGCGGUUUCUUGCUCUGUUCCCUUCGUCUUUCGUCCUUACACCCUAAUGGCUAAAGAUCCACUGACCGGAGAAGCCACCCCGUGGAAUGAUCUACACAGACAGUACAUCGAUGGAUCAGUCGAUGGCGAUCUACCGAUGACACGGCUAUCUGAAAUGUUCAACGUCAAUCAUUUUAUCGUGUCACAAGUGAACCCUCACGUUGUACCCUUUUUGCCAAAAGAGAACGGCCCGAUUAUCUCCUCGGAGCCGAGCAAAUCCUUUAUUCCGCAAUGGAUGAACACGAUGACGCACCUCGCGAAAGAUGAGGUGCUUCAUCGAAUGACGGUUCUGUCAGAGAUGGGUGUCUUUUCUACUUCGAUGACGAAAGCUGCAUCAAUCAUUAAUCAGAAAUACAGUGGUGAUAUCAACAUCUACCCGGAAUUGAUAUCCUCCAAUUUCCCACGCAUUCUUGAGAACCCUACCACCGACUUCAUGCUUCAAGCCUGUUUGAAUGGGGAACGUGCAACGUGGCCCCGGUUGAGUAGGAUCAGGAAUGCAUGCGCGAUUGAGUUAGCGCUCGACCGCGCGGUUCAGCAGAUGCGAGCCCGAGUCACUUUCUGUCCUAGUCGAGCAGGACUGUACACCGACAGCUACAUCCGGCAGUCAGUCCAAUCGCUGGAUAAUGGAAAUGGCAGGGGGCGCCUCACAGACAGGAGACUGGGCUCGUCUAAAACAGAGCUUCACAAGAGACGCAUGAAACUCCUGCCUCGCAGUGUGACUGCACCGGCAUUACGAAAAGCGCGCAGCACUGUAUCCCUUGAACAUGCAGCUCCCCCCACGAGUGCACUAGCGCGGCCUCCGACUCAACGACGUCGAUCGUCCACUGCAAUCACCAAUCGUGCUUUCACCUUUGAUUCAAGUAGCGAGGAAGAAGACGAGGAUGGCGGCCUUCACCGUCAUUAUUCUCCUUACCGGCGUGGGGAGCAUUCAACGAACGGCACGGAGUCCAAAAAUGAGAGACGCAGUUCUGUCCAAACGCGGCGGCCAUCGAUAUCGUCCACGAGGCGGCGACGGUCUGCCUCGGACCGGCAAGCUUCGCCGACAGCUGUCUACUCGGCUAUGGCGCGAGAGGUGUCGCUAGCCUUGUCUCCUUCCUCUCGCCAUCAACUGAACAUGACCCCGUCUAUGAAAAUUAGCUCGUCUGAGCAGCUCCAACCAAGAGUCAAUAUCUAA